AUGGCCAAAGGUAGACCGAAAAACAGGAACUCAUCUUCUAGACCAACUGAGGAGGAUGUAGUCGAUGAUCCUUCCUCUGAGGGAGAAAGCGAUUUGGAAAACGGAGAUGUCGACGACUCAAGAGCCGAUAACUUACAUGGAACAGGGAAGACCAAAGUUGGAAAAAAUGAAAGGAAGGCAAGAAAAGCCAUGAGCAAACUUGGAUUAAAGCAGUAUGACGGGGUAUCCAAGAUCUACAUAAGGAAAUCUAAACAGAUCUUUUUCGUGAUUAACAAGCCUGAUGUAUUUAAGCUACCCAACUCAGAUAUAUACGUUAUUUUUGGAGAAGCUAAGCUCGAGGAUGUGGGAGCCAAUUCCCAAUCUGAAGCAGCACAACGUUUAAGUCAAUUAUCCCUUUCGACACUAAAUAAGGACGAACCUGGACUAACACUUCCUUCUACUUUUGAAACUGAGGAAGUUCAGGAAUCAGACUUUGUCCCCUCAUCUUCAGAUGUUGAGCUGGUUGUUCAACAGGCUGGAUGCAGCAGGGAAAAGGCUGUUCAAUCUCUCGUAAAGCACAGAGGUAACAUUGUGGAAAGCAUAAUGGAGCUCACAACCAUGUAG